AUGUCGGAGCAAGUUUUUGGGCGAUCGCGUCAAUCCGAGGGGAUGUUCCUCAACACGCACUUGGGAGUUGAAUCGACGCCUUUGGCAGCCAUCGUCCAGCACAGCUUUCGCAGUGACCUCGCCACUAUCGAGGGUCAGGGGGCAAGAAGCCGCGCCUCGUACUAUCAGUCAGCAAACAGUCGGCCCCAUAUACGUUUGUCUGACAAUAUGCUGCGUCUUCUCGUGUUGUUUUCCUGCGUUGUUUCAGGUGUUUUAUCAGAACCGUCUGGGGCGGAGGAGGCAUGCGUCAUCGAGCUGGAGUGCGCGGAGUGCGUGCCCGACCACAUGCCGCUGGUGACGUCACACCGUGCGUCCGCCGGCGCCGUGCGCGUGGCGCCUGGCGAUGAAGUGGCGCUGGCGUGCCACGGCGGCGCCUUCCUCAACUACCCGCAGCGCGCGCUGCUCACCGCCGUGUGCGAGGCGGGCCGCUUCCGCGUGCGCCACGACCACGCGCUGCGGCACCUGCUCGAGCUCGGCUGCCAGGAGAGCAUCUUCGAGGACGUGCUGCACCAGGUGGAGGAGUGCGCGCCGCCGCUGCAGGGGCGCGCCUACCAGCUGGCGGAGGCGCGCGGGCCGCUGCACCUGGCCGCGCUCUGCUUCGACCCGGACCGCGGCGUGGCGGCGCGGGCGCUGGCCACCAACGCGCCCGCCAACGCCCUCCCCCUGCCGGCCCACGCCGAGCACGGCGCGCCGCGCUCCCUGCUCGGCAACUUCAACCAGAUGUUCGACGCGAGCACCCGCGCCCAGGCGCGGGCGCUCUAUUCGGACGACGCGCGCAUGAACCGGCGCCUGCGCCAGAUCCUCAAGCACGAGCGCUUCUCGUUCGCGGAGCAGACGCUCACCUCGGCGCGCCUCCUCAGCCCGCUCUACUACGAGGACCAGAACAUGCGCGUCGCCGACUUCGUCUCCAACCGGGUGGCCGCGUGGCGCAGCGUCGCCGCCGGCAACCUGGCCCACCUGCAGCGCGACGUGGCCGAGCUCAUGAAGGCGGCUCGGCCCCGCACGGCCAUAGACGUGUACGCGGGCACGCACGACGUGCUCGCCCUGCGGACGGGCCACGCCAAGAGCGAGAUAUUCCUGAAGCCGGGCAGGUUCCCCGUGCCCAAGUACAUAUGGACGGUGGUGCACGACAGGAAGCACGCCAAGGCGCUGGCCCUCGUGGUGCUCAACGACCCGUUCGUGUCCGUGAGCGAGAUCAGGGCGAGCGUGUUCUGCGAGAGCGCGUGCGGCCGCGUGUCGUGGCUGCACGAGCUGCGCCGCCACCGCCACUACGAGAGCCCCCUCUACGGGCUCGCGUUCUGCUGCGCCGUGCGCGACUUCGGCGCCGUGGUCAAGGAGAUGCCCCGCCACAUCGUGCGCGCCGUGCCCGACGCCGACGGCGGCAUGCUCACCGACAUCGGCCUCGGCCCCGAC